UUUCAUUCAAUAGCCGGGCUCUCAACUUAUAGCUUCUAUGAUAGCUUACUUUUGUAUUAUUAUUAUUAUUUUGUCUGUUGAUUUUGGUCCGAUCGUCUGUUUGUUGACUGUGCCUCUUGAGUUUAUAAAAAGAUUUUGCGGCGAUCAGUUGUUUCCGUCAACCCGCACGUGGUCAUAUAAAAAUAAUUGUACUCAUAUUUCCAUAUAAAAAGAACGAAUUAUUUACCAUACGUGGAUAUUAAGUGAAGUGAAGAAAACUUAAUUAAAUAAAAGUUCAAAAAAUAAUAAUUGUUACACAAAUUCAAGAUUUGUGUAUGAAUGCUUGGUAUAUUUUUAUAAAUUCAAUAUGAAGAGCAUCAAGAUAAAAUCAAGAUUAUUUCUUGGAAUGGUAAAGGCUCAUGCUGAUCUUACUCAAGCCAAAUUUGUAUUUUUCUUCGGGCCAAACUUUAGUGACUCUGCAACUUUCGAAUUAGAUAAUGGAAUCAGUUUAAUCAAUCAUGAGAAAUUCGACAAAACAAAGAAAACAGUUCUCUACGUGCACGGUUAUCUAGAGAACUUAGGAGUUGAAAGUCUCAAAGUUAUUGUAGAAGCAUACCUCCAAAGAAAAGAUGUAAAUCUCAUAGUCUUAGAUUGGGGUGAAUUAGCUGAUGGAAAUUAUAUGCUUGAUGCAGUUGUUAAUGCUAAACAGCUAGGUCCAGUUUUGGCAAAGAAGCUUAUAGAAUUAUUUGAUCAAGGAUUCGAUAUUAGUACGUUCCAUUUAGUUGGUCAUUCUUUAGGAGGACAAAUGUCGGGAAUUGUAGGAAGGGAAGUCUAUCGAAGAUCGAAAAAAACAAAACGUCUAAGAAGAAUCACUGCUCUUGAUCCAGCUUUCCCGCCAUUUUACACUGGUAUCACAGCUCAUUUGAAUAAAAAAGAUGCAGACUUCGUUGAUGUCAUCCACACAGACGCAUGGAUAUAUGGAGCUCCAAUUAGUACUGGAACAGCAGACUUUUGGCCAAAUAGUGGGAAAACUCUUCAGCCUGGUUGCCCGAAGAGAAACUACAAAAUGUUAACUGAUAACGAUCUAUCAAGUCAUCGAAGAUCAUGGUAUUUUUGGGCAGAAAGUGUUGCUGGCAAAUACGAUGAGCAAUUUGAUGCUGUCAAAACGAAAAAUUGGAAUGACUUUAAGGCUGGAAAAGUCGAUGAAGAUUCCGAGUUAAAAGUUGUGAUGGGACAUGAUUGUCCAACAAAUAUAAGUGGUGAUUAUUACUUACAAACAAAUGGCGUUCCACCUUAUGCUCGAGGCAAACCUGGAACCUGUUAUAUUGAUCCAAAUGAAUUGCCCGGAAACUCUCCAGCCGAAAUAGCACAACUUGCAACUGAAUUUACAUAAACCAUAAAAUAAUGAAUCUUGAUAUUAGUCUUAAAAAUUAAAUAAAUUAACAAUUAUAAGAUUCUCAUGAUAAUGAUGUUCAUACGCAUAAAAAUAUUAUGUACAAAAAUUUACAUAGUUAUACAUUUCCUUCAAUUAGAAAGUAUUGUAUUAUAAAUAAAAAUAUUAUAAAUAAAAAUCAUUUAUUUUUCAA